AUACGCAAUCCGACAAGUAGGACGGUUGUCGAGAGAUCCACCCACCUCGUGAAUUCAGUGUUUCGACAGGGGUAUUCGAAAUCGAGCUCCCAAUUGUCAUUCCCUAAGUUUUCAAUUCCAGCAAUCGAAUGACGUUCCAUCAACCCGGAAAGAUUCUUCUUUCCCCGUCGAAUACUCAGUGUUGCAGCUGAGUUCUUCUUUACAAUCUUAACUGAAUCAUCUUUCUGUUUCUGGAAGCUCUUCAUCAUAGUUUCACCCAUCUUAAUUAGUCCAGAAGCUGCGUUAACCACAGCCGAACCGCCGGUGAUCAGAUUUUUUGAAGGAUGUGGCAGGUGUGGAACUUUAAAGACAGAUCCACGUUUCAAGGAGUGACUCUUCUUUUUAGUUUUUUCCUCUUCUGUCUCACUCACACCGUUGAGUUCUUCUAACAAAGCCUCGGGUGUAGUAUAAGCGAAAUCACGACGCUGAAGGCGCCUGAACAUAUUGGUGGCGUAUUCACGAUCACGGCCGAGAGUGGACAGGAGCAAUUGAGUAUACGCUUCGGAUUCUGAUGUCUUUGAAUCGUCUGCACCUUGCGUUCUCUUGCCGUUGACCAGGGAAGUCUUUCGUGAAUUCCACAUCGUUUCAAUUCCGGAUUCCGAAUUGGAUUUAUCAAGACUCAGAUUUGCACUACCGAUUUCUUUCUGAAGAGAAGGGGAAGGCGAUGAAGAUGAUUUUGAUCCGCUAUUUGAAAUAGCAGUGGAAGUUCCUUCACCAGUCAUAAGCUCGAGUGUAGACGCCGUCCGAGGAAGACAAACACAUGGAGGAGGCACGAGUUUAGCCGACAACCUCCGUUUUGAAAAGCCUUGAAAAAGUUUAACUUUUCCAGUGGUCGGGUUCGACAGAUGGUUGAGAAGCUUCUGA